AAAUCAAAUAAACUCGUGUCAAAGUGUGUCAAAACCACGUCAAAACUAAACAUGAAUUGUGCGAAAUUUCGAUUUUAUUUAACCCAAAUUCGGUUUAUGUCGCAAUUGGGGGAUUUGGGGAGCGGUGUUGGGAGAGGAGGUGGAGGGAUGGGGUCGAUUCGCAUCGCUGGAGGGGCCUUCGGGAGGAUCCAAGCUGCCCGCGAGGAAGGAUACUUCCACAAGAAGCAGAAGCAACAAAUGGUCAAGUUGCGAGAAGAAAUUAAAGAUGAUAUCAAGUUUCACAGGGAGCAAAUUAAGAAGCACGAAGAAGCUAUCAAAAAACAUGACGAAAAGAUGCUCAAAAAAUUUGGUUAUUGAAAUUUCGAGACAGGUGUAGUAAUCUGAUCUUCCAUCAGGUUUUCCUAAAAUUAAUUUUGUGUGUGUUUUAUUUAUUUCGAAUGCGUCAAAGACAAGUUAAACUACUAGUUUUGAAAUAAUAAAUUUUUACAAAAAACGUGUAAGUCUUGAUUCUUGGAAGUGACACAAAUACUAAAUUAAAAGUGUUAUGAUUAACGCUACUACAUGACCAUGGGAAAAUAUUUAAUGACAAGUAUUAUUGCUGCUGUUGUAAAUAUUAAUAACAAUAAUAAAAAUAGUUG